CAAUAUUCACGUUGGUAAACACGUUUCACAUGGCAUUGUACUAUAGUUGUCCGUAGCUAAAACGUUGUGUUAGAAGUUGUUGUCUAUCAAAUUGGAUUUAUAAAGAAAACCAAAGAGAAAGUAAAUUUUAACAAAGUGUUUAUUGUUUAAUGUGGUUACGAUCAGACACCGAACAUUAAUAUUCGUGGUAUUUGUGGAAGGAAUUUAUAAUUUAAAUUGUACUCAAAUGUCAUCCCUAACAGGAAAAACAAAAUGUUUACUAAAGUGUACGACAUUAGAACAUAAUUUAGCAACAUGGACAAUCAAAAAUUUAUUGAUUCAACUUACGGCUCUUUCAGUGGAUUUAUAAGCAGUAACAGUAGUUCAUACAGUAUGUCUCUCAGUGAUAGUGAGUUUCCAGAGGAGCCACCCUCAACCAGUGGAUGUAGUAGUGAUUUUGCCCAUAGUACCACUCAGAAGGAUAAGAGAAAAGAAAGACUGAAGCAGUAUCUGAGACAAUUGAAACAGAUAGUUAAUCCUGCAGCACAAAGUGGUGCCCAUGUGUCAACUUUAGGGGCAUUAAGACAUGUCAUCAACUCCAUACAAAAGAAUAAGGAAGAUGACAAGAAUGUAUCAUCAGAGAGGUGUAUCAGUAUUUGUAGUACAUCAGAAAGUGAAGUGGAAAUGAAUAUCUUGUCACUCAAGGCUGUGGAUGACUUACAGAUUCUAGUUAGUACAAAAGGCAUGAAGAUAGUACAGGUCUCACCAAGUCUGAAGAAGAUUCUAGGUUACCCUGUGGACAGUUGGAUCGGGCGAGAGUUGACCAGUUUUUUACACAGAAAAGAUGUGGUCACUGUAAACAGCAGUUAUGUCCUAGACGAUCCUGACAAAUUUGAUACAAAUUUUUCAAUUAAAUUUGAUGAAGAUGGCAAUGCCACUUCAGAAGCACCAAAGAAGGUUUUAUACUGUAGAUUAAGGCACUACAAAUCACUGAAAAGUGGUUUCAACCUUGAAAAGAAAGAUCAGUAUACAUCAUUUCAAGCAUCAGCUUCUACGAAGAAAUUUAAUUCAGACAAAGUCAAACCCAAGCAGUUCUUAUUAUUGGAGUGUCAACCUUUGAACUCUGCAUAUAAUAAAAAUUGGUCAGAAAUGUCUACAGAGAAGAAAACUUUUGGUACAAGACAUAGUCUCUUCUGUUCUUACACAUAUAUACACCCAAAUGCCAUACCAUUAUUGGGAUAUUUACCACAGGACAUGGUUGGAAUGUCCAUAUUUGACUUCUAUCAUCCUGAAGAAUUUGAACAGCUUUAUAAUAUUUAUAGACAAGUAGUUACUUCAAAGGGCACAACCAUCAGUAGUCCAAAGAUUAGAUUUAGAACCCAAAAUGGGGACUGGAUUUAUGUAAAGACAGAAUGGUCCAGUUUUAUAAACCCGUGGUCCAAAAGAUUGGAAUUUAUCAUCGGUCAGCAUACUGUCAUCAAGGGACCACAAAACAUAGAUGUCUUUUCACCACCACCUCGUCAGGAAUGUAUUGCUGAGGAACCAGAACAGUAUCACAAAAAUCUCAGAUUAAUCAGAAAAUUGUUAUUACAGCCAGUGGUAGAUGAAGCUAAAUCUGUGGCCCUAAACAUUGUAGAAGAAUCUACUGAAGAAGUUUCUGUUAGUCCAACUCCUGAUGGCGACAAGGACAUGAAGGAGGAGACUUCAAUCAAAACGCAAGAAGCUAAAAAGAAAUUUCAGUCUGCCACCAGAAAUGAACAGCGUAAUGAGAUAUUGAAUGACAACUUAUCAGGAACUUACGAACAACUUAGCUACACAAACAACAUCAAAAGAUUUUUGAUGAGCCAACCAAAAACCUAUUCAUCAUCAUCACACAAAAGUAGUGGUAAUGACAGUUACUCAGACAACAGUAAUGCCAUUGAUUCAGAUGAGGUACCUGAUUUUGGAGUCGACAUUUCAUAUCCAAAACCACCUAGUUUUUGUAGCAGCACCAAGGUACUUGUAUCUGAGAAAGAAGAUAUGGUCCCUAGUCCAUCUUGUCAAAUAGAAGAAAUAGUGGAAGAGACGAGUCGAGAAGCACAGAUAAUAUUUUCAGCCAUUCAGGAACCUAAUGUUCUGAUGUCAUUGACACAAGAGACACUUCAGGAACAUACAAAACGACAAGAAAAGAUAUAUUUAGAACAGGCAAAACAAGAUAGCAAUCUUGUCUUACUCAACAUGACCAGUAAAUACAGUGUGCAACAGGAAUCUUCACAAGGAUUAAAACGGGGACAUUCAUCUGAUCUUGAUGAAACCCGUAGAUUUAAGUCAUUCAAAGCAGAGGAUGUCAAUUUGUUGUGUCCACCUUUUCCCAUGACUACAACAGGGCCUGUAAUGAAACCAUCAGGUGGACAGCCCAAAAUAGCCUUUCCUAACAUGUAUGGAAUUGGUUUGACACAGAGUACAGGGGCAAUGUAUCACGGUGGCUCCAUGCCUGGUAUCCAGUUGCCACAACAACCUCCGAUCACUAAUGGCAACCCAGGAAACAUACAGUGGCCCUACUAUCCACAAUCAGGUUCAUCAUUUUACCCACAAGUAAUGGGAGGAUUUUAUCAGCCGAUGACUGUGCUAUCAUACCCUAUGCCUUUAUGGACAGGGGGUGUGGCAACAACCAAACACAAGGCGAUAUUCACACAGGCUGGUGACAAGGGUAACACUGCAAUGUCUAUCUCAGACUCAUCAUCAGGAGAGAACACAAGUUCCUCGUUGAUGUACCUACUGGAACUUAGUAACAAUCAAGAGAUUGCAAAAGCAAAGGAAUCUAAAGCUUCAGCCACAGCCACCAAAAAGAGACACUCUGACCCACCUUGGCUGUUUGGAGUCCUCUGGGUAGAAGGGGUACAAAUGAGAUACACGCUACCUAGACGAAAAUUCAACAGAACUAUGAAAGAAGACCGGGAUGCUUUAAAGCUGAUGAAACAAUCUGACGUGGUCCUAAAACAAAUGGAAGAAUUAAAAGAAAAUAUAGAAAAAAGUUGUCAGGAACCAACAGAAGAUGAAGAAGCUGACUACCUGUUUAUGAUUGACCCUGAUCUGUUUAAAGAUGAUAGUUCAAGUGAUUCACAAGAAAUUGAAGCCAGUGAGAAACUAAGGUGCUCAUUGAAAUCAUUUUCUGAAUCAAAAACCACAGACGAAACAAUUACCAAAGCAGGAAAUGGUGACGAUAAUAGUCUCUCUGAGACCCAAUAUUCUCUAGUUGGCGAUGAGAUGGAUGACCAGGAAAAGAAGAGCGAGUCUGAAUGUGAUUCCUUGCCAAAGUCAGGUUAUAAUGACAGUUCUGUUGACAUGGAGUCGGCAAGCUAUAAGUCCAGUGAUCUUACACCCAGUGAUUCUAGGAGUACAGAUGAUAAGGGAAGUUCAAUGAAAGAGUCGGAUACACAAUCGUUUAAGUUAUCCGAGGGAAACAAGGACUCAGAAUCAGAGAAUGACCUGAACCAGACUCAAAAUCUGGACAGUCAAUUCGAUCAUUUAUUUGUUAAAAAUCCAACGAAAUUUAAACAUUCAAAAAAAGGCUUCUGGAUUAAAGAAGCUAACAUGAAUGAACGGAUAAAGAUGGAGUAUACUUUAAAAAACAAUUCAAGGAAAGAUGUACUUUUAGAUGAUUUGAACAGAUUGAAUGAAAUGAAUCAAUCAGCCGUGGUUCAAAACCAAUUGUCUUAUCUGUUAGAAGAUUUAAAAACCGAAGAACAGAAAAUUACAUGUAGUUUUUGUGAAUCUCUGGAAGAAAUGUCUUCAAAUACCAAAUGCUCAAAUUGUGCUAAAGAACAAAAUAUGAAAAAAAUGAAUGCAAACUUUUUUGACAGUCUGUUCAUGCAGCCUUUGUUCCCACAGGACACGCAUGAAGCUUACUUGUCAGAGCAUCCGAUCAGAGACUCACCAGAUAUGGAGGACUUGUGUGAUAUAAUUGAUGCAGUGGACUAAACAUUUUGUAAAGGUCCAUGUUUUCUUGUCUGUUCAUAGACCACUUUCACCAUCAUGCGUUUUUGAACAUUUCCAAUGUCCCAAUGCUUAUUGAAUGAAGUCAUUUACACCAAUUUACCUGGGGGUACACUUAUUCAUAAAAGGAAAUGGAAAUUGGUCUAUUGUAAAUUGUUUUAUGGUGUUCAUAACAUCACAAAGUCACUUUAAAAUAUAUUAUGGUAAAAAUAGCAGUCCCAAACAGAACAGGAUUGGAUCACUGCUUUACUAUUGUGAAAGAAAUUACUUAAAACCAUGCAUGCAAGUGUGUAGGCAAAACAUAUAGCGUAUUGCUUAGAUAAAGAAAAUGACAAAACCACACUCAUUUUGUUGACAGUUUAUAUUGAACCAUGAAAAUGAGUAAUCACACAUGCACAGUACCAGUUUAAAUUACUAGUGAUUUUUUUUUAUUUGUGUAGGUCUUGAAACUUUAACUUAACACUUGGUCAAUUGAAGAAACACUGCACUGUAAAAAAAAAAGUUUUGAAAAAAUUCAAUACACUCUGAAAGAUUUCAAUGAGAUUAGACUGAAGUAUAUAUGCAAAAGUACAAUGCAGUAUGGGUCUCAAUUACCCUCUAAUGGAGAACUGGAUUAUUGUUUUAUCAUGUAAAAUCAUUGACAACAGCUCUUUUAUCAUAAAGUGCUGUUUGGUCUCAUGACCGGCUUUCUGGCAAUCAGAUUGUAAAGAUUGAAUGUAGAAUAUAUAUAUACAUGUGUAAUUAUUUUGUAUUAAUGUUGUUUGAUGAGUAAAGAGUAAGUAUGCAGAUGUGUAUAUGUCAUGUAUGAGAAAAUGUAUAUGAAUAAUUGUGUACAGAUGUGAGUUUGUUUUCCUACAGUUUUUAAUUGCCUUAAUGUCAUGAAUGUCAGUGAAAAUGUGGCAAUGAAUAUUUCAAUAGAAAUUAUGGAUAUAGGGCACAUUUGGAAUUAUUGAAUAACAAACAAACAAUAGUUAACAUGGUUUUGAUGCAUUCUAUGACACAUAUCAAGGCUGAAGUUAGCAGUUUACUAUCAGGUUUUCAAAAGUUUUGAAGUAAAAUAUCCUGAAUAUGCAUUAAUCAAUUGCCAAUGGACUUAAGACAAACAGAACAGGGAACCUCUGUACUUUGUUUUGUACAUUGACACUAAUGCAUAGUUGAUGCAUAGAUAACAAAUAAACAAAAUUUGAGGCUUUAUGAAGUGGAGAUAACCAUUUAUGACAAUCUAACGUUUAGUCGAAAUUUAUUAAGGCUUUCAUUGAUAGAUUUAUUUUUAGAUAUUCAUCAGGAAUCAUUAACCCAAUAUAUGUUCAUUUGAUAACAGUAUUGAAUAUGUUUUAAGAUAUAUCAAUGGAGUUGUGCAAUAAGUCAAUUGCUAUGGACUUUUGUUUAAAACGAAAACCUAGAAAUAAAUCAUUAGUUUAAACAUUUGUUUUGACAUGUCUUAAAAGUGAGGACAAUAUUAGAUUAAUAAAAAUAGUAAAAAUGCUGACAGUAUUCAUCGUAUCAUUACUGGAUAAUGCAUGUAGAUACUGUAGUCUUUUCUACUCAGUUUUAUUUUGUCUUUUUAUACAAAUUUCUGGAUAUUAAUUUUCUCAAUCUAUAGUAUAAAUAUGCUGUCAUUUGUGUAAGAAAAACAGAUUUGGCAGGUUCAGAGUUCAUCUGAAAUGCAGGAAGCGAAAAUAGGACAUUAAAUCAAAAUACUUUUUAACAAUAUUGUUCAAAAUGAUUUUUGUUUCAAUGCGAUAGGUUGCAUUUAUUCAUGAAGUUUAUUAUCUGUAAGUAAAUAAAAUAUUUAUAUGUUGUUACAUGUAUUGAAAUGUUUCAAGUACUGAAAAUAAAUUAUUUAAAUUGUA